AUGGUCGAUCGCAUCACCCCGGCCACCUCCGACCGCGAACGGGCCAUGGUAUCGGACGAAUACGGCAUCGCCGACGCCUGGCCGGUGUUUUGCGAAACCUUCAGGCAAUGGGUGCUUGAGGACAAUUUCCCCUCCGGCCGCCCCGCGCUCGAAAAGGUCGGCGUCACCUUCGUUAGUGACGUUUCCCCCUGGGAGCUGAUGAAGAUCCGCAUUUUGAACGGCGGCCACGCCGCCAUCGCCUAUCCUGCCGCGCUGAUGGACAUCCACUUCGUCCACGAAGCCAUGGAACACCCGCUGGUCGCCGCCUAUCUCGAAAAGCUCACCCGCGACGAGAUAAUCCCCGUCGUCCCCCCGGACAACCCGAAGGCCUUUCUGGAGAUGAAGGACAUUUUCGGCACCGCCGCCGAACAUCCCGCCUAUGUCGCCGCCUUCACCAACGCGCUCGCCACGAUCUGGGAAUUUGAAGCGACCCGACCGGCGCUGGUCAUUUUCGAUUGCGACGGCGUUCUCGUCGAUUCAGAGCCCAUCGCCAUCGACGUGCUUGUCGAAACCGUCGCCGCGCUUGGCGUCCACAUUCCCACCGACAUUGCCUAUCGCGAUUUCCUUGGGCGCACGCUCAAGACGGUCUCGGCAGCCCUUGCCGCCGACCACGGCGUCACAAUGGAUGCCACGGCGCUCGACGACAUGCGUCAUCGCCUCUACGCCCGCUACAAAAGCGCGCUCAGGCCCAUGCCCGGCAUAGCCACCGUGCUCAACGCGCUCGACAUCCCCGCCUGCGUCGCUUCUUCGAGCGUUUAUGAGCGCAUCGAAAUCAGCCUCAAACUGACCGGGCUUUACGAACGCUUCGCCCCAAACAUCUAUUCGGCCACCAUGGUCAAGCGCGGCAAACCGGCGCCCGAUCUGUUUUUGUUCGCCGCUGAAAAGAUGGGCGUCGCCCCCGCCGAUUGCGUGGUCAUCGAAGACAGCCCCGCAGGCGUCAUGGCGGCGCAGGCCGCGGGCAUGGCGGUCAUCGCAUUCAUAGGCGGCAGCCAUAUCGGCCCCGCCGGUCUCAAACCGCAACUGGCCGCGCUUGGCCCCGAUGCCAUGAUCGACGAUUUGCACAAUCUGCCCAAUUGUUUAAGGUCGCUCCCG